AUGCAGGCGACGGGCUUGCCGGUGCGCUUCAUCGCCACCGUCGCGCACAUCAUCACGUGGGUGACGAUUCUGUUCGACCUGAGCGAGGCGUCGUCCAAAGGAGGCAUCAGCACCCAGGAUCUCGAGGGCCUGUCUUACAGCGCGGUGGUGCUCAUGGUGGUCGAGGUGGGGCUGCUCAUGUCGGGCCUGACGACGUUCCUCUCGGGCCUCGCCGCGUGGCAGACGCUCUUCCACGCCGUGGGCACGGGUCUGGUGGCGGGCUGGAUCGAGGGGGGUUGGAACCAGAGCUCGCUGGUGUCCUUCUUCGUGUUCUUCAACAUCCUGCCCUUCCUGCUCGAGUGCGGCUCCGCCUACUACAUGUACAAAAACCACCUCACGCGGUACCGGUAG